GUUAUGCACUACAGCUCCCAUGAUCCUCUGCCAGUCACUCUGAGGGCUGAGCAUCAUGGGAGACGUAGUCCGGCUAGCUAGAGCAAGCAAAAAAAAAAACGAGCCUUGCAACGGCCAUUCUCUUAUCUCAGAUCCCAGCCCGCGUGAGAGACGCGAGCGGUGACGCAGGACGCACAACGCACGACCGACGCGGUUUCCAUGGUGAUGGAAAUGGCCUGGGAGGAGCUGUAGUUGCGAACCUGAAAAGGCCCGCCAUCGUUUCCACCAGAAUGAGCCUGACACCGGAGGCCAGGGCCAGAGACAAUCAAACACGACAAAUACAAGAUUCAGUUAACAAUGUGGAGAAGCACUUUGGAGAGCUGUGUCAACUCUAUGCUGGGUAUGUUCGUAAGACUGCCAGACUACGGGACAAAGCUGAUCUUCUUGUGAGAACAGUCAAUGUGUAUGCAGACACUGAGACGCCAAAUCUGAAAGCUGGGUUGAAAAACUUUGCUGAUGAAUUUGCCAAACUUCAGGAUUACCGUCAGGCAGAGGUUGAGAGACUUGAAGCCAAAGUAGUAGAACCUCUAAAAAGUUAUGGUGCGAUAAUCAAACUGAAACGGGAGGAUCUCAAAGUGACCUUAACUGCUAGAAACAGGGAAUCCAAGCAAAUGGCUCAGUUGGAAAAAACACGCCAGAGGAACCCGUCUGAUCGUCAGAUAAUUUCACAGGCAGAAGCAGAACUUCAGAGAGCAACAAUGGAUGCAUCUCGAAUAAGUCGACAACUUGAAGAAACCAUUGACAAUUUUGAGAAACAGAAAAUCAUAGAUUUAAAGAAAAUAUUCUGUGAGUUUGUGAAAAUAGAAAUGUUGUUCCACGGAAAAGCCUUAGAAGUGUUAACUGCUGCCUAUCAACAUAUUGAAGACAUUGAUGAAGAGGAAGAUCUAGAGGUUUUUAGAAGUUCUCUCCAUCCACCGGAUUUUCAGUCUCGUUUGGACAUUGUACGUGCCAAUUCAAAGAGUGGGUCAGCAAAACCAACACUUUCCUCAUUAUCGCAGGCUUCAAUGACCAGGCAGAAAAAGAAAGUCGUGGUGGAGGAAGAUGAUGAUGAUUAUGAUGAUGCCGGUGAAGAGGACGAUGAGAGUUCAACAGAUGAGGGAAACUAGCAAAUGCUCAUACUUAUAAAGAACAUUUCAUUUAACAAAUGCUGCUAGCCUCAGAACUUGGAGGCUUUAAUUUGACGAGGAAGCCACUGUCUUGGCUCCAGCAAUGGAUUUUGGAUAUCAAGCAUGAAGUAAAGGCAACCUGUGAGAUGGAAAAUCUACUUAUCAGAAUUUGUAGCAGCACUUUAAUUUGUACUGCAAGACAAUAUCCACUGUAUUUGUUAACCUGCAGAACUGUAAAAUGUAACAUGCGAAAUGCCAUUUGACAGUGUUAAUUCUAAGAUAAGAUGGCAUCACAUUAUACACUACCAAAAUAGUCUAUACACUGCAGAAAAGAUUUUUGAUAAUCUUGUACCUUUUCCAUAGUUCUGCAGCUGAAUAAAUAUUCAUCAUCUGAAAUACGCCAGAACCAAAAAAGGGACACAGUGUGCUAUGUAUUAAUGUGUCGUUUUUAAAUCUGUAUUUGUGCGUCUGUGUGCUCCCCGUGGUCUGACUGCAAAGUUGUAGGAAAGAAUAUAUAUUUCCUAUAUUUCCUAAGCAAUGCAGUACUUCAAGCAGAAGUGCCAUAAAAUAAGUAAAUAUACAGAAGAUUUACUUUUAUACUCAAUAUACUAAAUAUCAAAUUGUAUGGUAUCCAUGACAGAUUUUUUGCUACAUUUUACCACAAAGUUUCAUAUAUAUUUACAGUUCAUUUUACUAAAACUGACUCAUUACAUUUCUUACAAUUCUGAGAGUCUGUAGCCAGCAGAGUAUUAGAGUAAG